GUAUGACAGUUUCAUAGAUUAUUCUGUCCCAGAAAUCCUACGUGUGCCGCUGGAAGAACUUUGUCUUCAUAUCAUGAAAUGCAGUCAUGGAUCUCCAGAAGAUUUUCUUGCCAGAGCUUUAGACCCACCACAACUCCAGGUCAUUAGUAACGCUAUGAAUUUGCUGAGGAAAAUUGGAGCCUGUGAAAUCACCGAAGCUAAACUCACUCCAUUAGGUCAGCAUCUUGCUGCCCUUCCAGUAAAUGUGAGAAUUGGGAAGAUGUUGAUAUUUGGUGCCAUUUUUGACUGCUUGGAACCUGUGGCAACCAUAGCUGCAGCCAUGGCUGAGAAAUCUCCCUUUAUUACGCCAAUAAAUGGGAAAGAAGAAGCUAACCUUGCAAAAGCAGCUCUGGCAUUGGCUAAUUCAGAUCACCUGGCUGUUUACAAUGCAUAUUUAGG